AUAUUAGAAAACUCUUGUGAUGAUAAACAGAUGUCAGAGAUCAGACAAAUGCCUUAUUUUUGGUUAAGGAAGGUAACCACAGCCAUCUCUGCCUGGGAUUUGGACAAAGAUGGACAUAUUGGGCAUGAUGCUAUGAUGAAUAUAGCAGACACGUUUGCCAGAGUUGGUAAUUUGAAUGGAAAAUCUGGUGAUAAUAUAUUGGAGGUCAUCGGAGAGUUAGCAAAUCCCGGAAGGGAAAACCCUCUCUCAGAAAUUGUCAAAGCAACAUCUUUCUCAGAGCAUCUCAUAGGAAUUUGGAGAGCCAAGGGUAAUCCAGCCUCAGUGAAAUCGUUGAGAAAAAUAUAUUCUAACAUGUUUAAGAUUGUGGAUUGCAACGCAGCUGGUUUUCUUACAUUCGACCAGUAUUUAGUGUUUUGGAACAUAUUUAACCUUGAUAAGAGAUUUGCAAAGAUGCAGUUUGACUACAUGGAUACUGACCAAAGUGGAAAGAUAAGCGAAGAACAGUUUAUGAAUACCUACCGUGAUUACCUUGGGAACACGGGCGAUGAUACGCUCAAUGAUUCUUCGGACCACUCAUUAACUAUUAAACUAGGCCAUAUGCCAAACCAAAAUA